UUGUUUCAGAUGCUGGUUACCUUCGAGGAGGUGGCUGUGUAUUUCACCCAGGGGCAGGGGACUCUGCUGGACCCCACUCAGAGAGCCCUCUACAGGGACGUCAUGUGGGAGAACUACGAGAUGGUGACCUCGCUGGGAUUCCCCCUUCCCAAACCGGACCUGAUCACCCGGCUGGAACGAGGGGAAGAGCCGUGGGUGCCCGAUCUCCAGGCCUGUGAGGAAAGAGAAAUCCCGAGAGGCGCCCACACAGCACAAUGACUUCUGUCUGGAUUCUCUCUCUCCCAGCAGGUGAUGAGAGAGUGAGUGAGAAUGAGGAGGAGAAUCAACAGCAGGAAGUUCCUGGGCACGGGGAAUCACUGGGGACCUCUGUGGGAAGAUCUCAUAAGUGCUUAGACUGUGGAAAAAGUUUCAUGUGGUGGUCACACCUCAUUUUACAUCAGCGAAUCCACACAGGAGAGAGACCCCACAAGUGCUUAAUCUGUGGAAAAAGUUUCAUACGGAGGUCAGACCUUGUUGUACAUCAGGCAAUUCACACUGGAGAGAGACCCCAUAAAUGCUUAGACUGUGGAAAAAGUUUCAUACGGAGGUCAGUACUUGUUAAACAUCUGGCAAUCCACACUGGAGAGAGACCCCAUAAGUGCUUAUACUGUGGAAAAAGUUUCUUACAGAAGUCACACCUUGUUGUACAUCAGGCAAUCCACACUGGAGAGAGACCCCAUAAGUGCUUAAUCUGUGGGAAAAGUUUCAUACGGAGGUCAGCCCUUCUUAUACAUCAAGCAGUCCACACUGGAGAGAGACCCCAUAAGUGCUUAGACUGUGGAAAAAGUUUCAAACGGAGGUCAGCCCUUCUUAUACAUCAAGCAGUCCACAC